AUGAUGACCCCGGCUCCAGGGGGUAGUGUUCACGGCCCAGAAGGAAGCAACACUACUGCCUGCAGCGGCGGUGCAUCGCCGAGGCCGCCGGAGCAGGGGUUGAAGUGCCCCCGGUGCGACUCGUACAACACCAAGUUCUGCUACUACAACAAUUACAGCCUCACCCAGCCCCGCCACUUCUGCAAGGCCUGCCGCCGCUAUUGGACCAAGGGCGGCGCCCUCCGCAACGUUCCCUUCGGCGGCGGCUCCCGCAAGACCAGGAAAUCAAGGUCAAUGGCAUCCUUGUCCUCCUCAACAUCCUCCUUCUGCCUCUCCUCAGACCUCCAUGGCCGCGCCAUGCAGGAACCGAGUUUCUUUCAGUUUGGCGGCUACAACGCCUACUCGACCGUUUGCGGGACCUCGGGCGGCGGCGGCGCCAGCCAGAUCCUUCCAUUUAGGGGCAUCUCAUCGUCCGCCGCCGUCGGUGCAAGUGCUACCCCUCUGGUCGUCCUUGAUUGCCCAGCCCCGGCGGUGCCCUUCUUCAGCGAGAUGGGCUGCCGGGGGGAAACCGCCACCACGACUUCUGAAGAGAGCAUGGGGUCCAUACACAGAAACCUCGCCACCUCCAUCGAGUCUCUCAGCUCGAUUAACCAGGACCUCCAUUGGAAGCUGCAGCAGCAGAGGCUGGCUAUGUUCUUUGGCAGCGAAGGCCAUCACCCGACGGAGGGGACCGGUGGUGCGGCUGUCUUCAAUGUUUUGUCUCGCCACCAUCCUCCAGCAUCCUUUUUAUUCUCGAGCUCCAGGGAGCUCUCUGCGAGCGGCGCUCGUGGCGGCGGUGCCACAGGAUAUUUCCUGGAGAACUCCACCGACAACACGGCUACCGUCGACGACAACAGCUUCGCCGCCCCCAACGACUGGACCGGGACUGCGACAUGGAGCGACGUGCAUCCGUUCGGUGCACUGCGAUGA